GGGGGACCCUGCAAGAUGAAAAGGGUCCGCACGGUCUUCAAACCAGAGCAGCUGGAGCGGCUGGAGCAAGAGUUCCUCAAGCAGCAGUACAUGGUGGGAACAGAGCGAGUAGACCUGGCUGCAACUCUGCAUCUCACGGAGACUCAGGUGAAGGUCUGGUUCCAGAACCGGAGGAUCAAAUGGAGGAAGCAGAGCAUGGAGCAGAAGGCAGCAAAGCUGUCACAGUUUGGGGUGAUACAGCCUGCCACUGCGGACUCCACAGACAUCAAGGACCGUGAGGAGGACACUGUGGAGGUUGAGCUUUGA